AUGUGUGACGACGAUGCAGCUGCACUUGUUGUUGAUAACGGUUCCGGGAUGGUAAAAGCCGGAUUCGCCGGUGAUGACGCCCCGCGAGCUGUUUUCCCCUCGAUAGUUGGGCGUCCUCGGCAUCAGGGUGUGAUGGUCGGUAUGGGGCAGAAGGAUUCGUAUGUUGGUGAUGAAGCGCAAUCCAAGAGAGGUAUUCUCACUUUGAAAUAUCCAAUUGAACAUGGCAUCAUUACCAAUUGGGAUGAUAUGGAAAAAAUCUGGCACCAUACUUUCUAUAAUGAGCUACGUGUGGCCCCAGAGGAACACCCAGUGCUACUGACCGAAGCUCCCCUAAACCCCAAAGCAAAUCGAGAAAAGAUGGCGCAAAUUAUGUUUGAAACAUUCAACUCCCCAGCUAUGUACGUUGCCAUUCAGGCUGUCCUCUCACUGUAUGCUUCGGGACGUACGACUGGCAUUGUGUCGGAUUCAGGAGAUGGUGUUUCUCAUUCUGUUCCCAUCUUUGAGGGUUAUGCUCUGUCACAUGCAAUUCUCCGACUGGACUUAGCCGGUCGUGAUUUAACCGAUUAUCUUAUGAAAAUUAUGACGGAGCGUGGCUACGCGUUUACCACAACUGCUGAGCGCGAAAUCGUGCGUGACAUUAAGGAAAAACUGUGUUAUGUUGCUUUGGAUUAUCAGCAUGAGGUAGCCACUGCUGCCACGUCUUCUGCCUUGGAUAAAUCCUACGAAUUGCCCGACGGUCAGGUUAUUACCAUCGGUGCCGAGCGUUUCCGAUGCCCUGAGGCACUUUUCCAACCUUCAUUCUUGGGUAUGGAAAUUUGCGGCGUUCACGAAACAGUAUACAAUGGCAUCAUGCGUUGUGAUGUGGAUAUUCGUAAGGACCUGUACGCUAACAUUGUGCUCUCGGGUGGAUCGACCAUGUAUCCGGGUAUUGCCGAUCGGAUGCAAAAGGAAAUCACUGCCCUGGCACCAUCCACCAUCAAAAUCAAGAUCAUUGCCCCACCAGAGCGUAAAUAUUCCGUUUGGAUUGGUGGUUCCAUCUUGGCCUCCUUGUCCACCUUCCAGUCGAUGUGGAUUUCCAAGCAGGAAUAUGACGAGUCCGGUCCUACCAUUGUUCAUCGCAAGUGCUUCUAG